AUGUGAAGAAAAAGUGACGGGGAGCGGCUAUGGAAGGCUUAGACCAAUCUCCGCCCUCUUACUUGUUUCCCAUUCAACGAUCAGCAGUAGGACUUCAUUGAAGGUUCUCAGACAGUUAGGCAGCGGCUAUCAGUUGCAGUCCUCCGUGAGGGGCUGGAUCGAACCAUAAACAUUGUAUGCAUUGGCCGCACAAUAAUAUAUUUUACCGAUCGUCAGGCUUGUCGCUUUGAUACUGUUUUUGUCACCGGAAGAGACCGCUAGCGUUGCAGGCUAACUAGAUAGCUAGCUAGCAAGGUUACCGAUUGCAUGCCAUCGUUUCACCCCCACCGCUGACCGGCUGACCUCCACAACAACACGCAGACGUACUGAGUAUCAUUUGUGAGUGGGGCUCUAGUCGGCCCGUCUCUUCACUACCCCGGCUCCAGUUGUCUCCCGCGUGGUUGCCCAUUGCCGAAUAUGAGACACAAUGAGUCAAAGAGAUACCCUAGUUCAUCUGUUUGCAGGAGGAUGUGGAGGCACGGUUGGAGCCAUAUUGACAUGCCCACUGGAAGUAGUGAAGACACGUCUGCAGUCAUCAUCCAUCAGUCUGUAUGUUUCUGAAGUUCAACUGAGUACAGUGAAUGGGGCCAGUGUGGCCCGGAUGUCCCCACCUGGUCCCCUGCACUGCCUCAGAUUAAUAUUAGAGAAGGAAGGACCCCGCUCACUCUUCAGAGGCUUGGGACCAAAUCUGGUGGGUGUGGCACCUUCCAGAGCCAUCUACUUCGCUGCUUACUCCACAGCCAAAGAGAAAUUGAACAAUGUACUAGAACCUGACUCCACACAAGUUCACAUGGUCUCGGCUGGAAUGGCAGAAUACGCAUCAAAAAUGAAAUGCGGAGAAAUGCCAACUGUACUGAAACCAUGUUUUACAGCCAUUACUGCAACCAAUCCAAUAUGGCUUAUCAAGACUCGUCUUCAGCUCGAUGCCAGAAAUCGAGGUGAGCGCAGGAUGAAUGCGUUUGAAUGCAUGCGCCGGGUGUAUCGGUCAGAUGGCCUACGUGGCUUCUACAGGGGUAUGUCAGCAUCUUAUGCCGGCAUCUCAGAGACUGUGAUUCACUUUAUGAUUUAUGAAAACAUCAAACGGCGUCUCUUGGAGGCCAAAGCCCCCCAAAACAUGGACGAGCACGAGGAGGUGUCCAAGGAUGCCUCAGACUUUGUGGGGAUGAUGCUGGCUGCUGCCACUUCCAAGACAUGUGCCACAACCAUUGCUUAUCCACAUGAGGUCAUCCGCACACGUCUACGUGAGGAGGGAACCAAAUAUCGCUCCUUCUUCCAGACUUUAACAACAGUUCCCAGAGAGGAGGGCUUUCGUGCCCUAUACCGCGGCCUCACCACCCACUUGAUACGACAGAUCCCCAACACUGCCAUCAUGAUGUGCACCUAUGAGAUGGUGGUUUACUUCCUGAAUGGUUAAAGUCAGCACUCCUUUAUAUGACUCGUCCUUGUAAUCCAGCCCUUGUUCAGUGUUGGAGAAACAAAAUGAUGGAAAAUCUGAUGACAAGCUACAACAAAUGCUCACCAGAUGACAGAGGCAGCUUGUCAACAUUAUCUGAGUGAUGAUUUCAAGUGGCAGGUUUUCUUUUAUCACUAAAUGCACAAGAAAGAUUGAAUGAUACCCACCAAUUUGGGGUGUUGGAAGACAAAACAAGCCCUCCUUCAUUCAAUACUCUUGAUACUACUCCCAGAGUACAAAUACAGAAAAUUGUAGUUGCAUUAAUGCCUACUGACUUAUCUUUUUGGGUCAGGAGCGCUGAUCCAUUCUUUGUGUUGUCAAAUCCGAAGUGAAGCUAAAUGAGCAAUUUUACGCUUGUAGCAUUUUGGGUAAAAUGGUAAACAAAGGAGAAUGUGCCUUGUGUAAAACAAGAUGUAAAGUAGAAUGCACAUGCUAAUAGAGGGAUGUGAAGCUCUGGUUAACAGAACUCACCACAAUUUGAGGUAUUGUAGUUGCACACAGGUGUUGUGGAGAUUCAGUCACUUAAAAAAAAAACCUUUUGUCAUGAGUACAAAUUACUUGGGUAUUACAACCACCUAGCCCUUCUGAUUUUAAUCUUCUUUCAUUUGGAACUCUCAUCUAUACAAAACCACAGAGACUAGCUGCUUGAAUUUGAGUACAGUAAUAAUAAUUUCUACCAUGAUCCUGUCUUUGAAUUUCCAAUAAUAAUGCAUUACUUGCCUGCUUUAUAAGUUCUGGAAUGUAAAACACUGACCUAGUUUGUUAAUAAAUGUUUGUAAAUUAACUAGUUUUAACAAAUUGUAAUAUUUGAAAUAUUAAAUAUAUUUGCUUAAAUAAUUUAAUUCCAUUUGACUCGUAAGGCAAAUGCAAACCAUUGGUGUAUCUUGAGUAGAGAGAGCAUUUACUCUCCAGUUGUGGAAAAUCUUUUUCCAACCUGUUACCACCUUCAUAGUGUCUCAAGGUUUUGAUUCCCUUACAUUCACUUUAUCUCAAUUUAAAGUCCAGGUUCUUUGUUCAGGGCAAUCCUCUGUCUUCCCCUGGAAUUUUGAGGUUCAGUUCGUUUAGAUAAAUUAGAAAGUAAUAAUUGUCUUAAACGCACAAGAAUACACUCAUCGCUGAGCAGUCGUUUUAGUUUUUUCAUUUUUUACAUUUCACUUUAGUACAUUACUGGUUAUAUUUAAUUUCAAACUAUAUUUAUCACCUGUUAAGAAAGAGUAAGACAUACAAGGCUAUCAACAAAAUCGAUGUCACCUCCUAUAGCUCUCAGACCAAAUUGACAAAACUAACCACCAGUAAAUCUAAUUGUCCAUUUUUGCUUUUGGCCGAGGACCAGUUCAGGGUAUACUCAGCUUCUCGUCCGAAAUCGGCUGAGAUGGUGCCAGCACACCCGUGAACUUGAUUAUAAGCUGCUGAGAACAUGGACAGGGGUUUAACUGGUUACAUUUCAAAUGCCUGGCUUUGUUGAAAGGGCAGGUUUGGCAUGACCUUUAAAGUGAAUAUGCUUCAGAUACAGAAACUGCCCAGGUAUGUGACCGCAAACUAUCAGAUGCUGUGAAAAGUGCGUAAAAUUAAUGUCAUUGUAAGCAUUCUUACAGCUAGUUGGUGCUGCCUCUACUUUAAUUAAAUUUAAAGUUGGUCAGUCAAACAGCCUAAUGUUUAAUGUAGUUUGGCUGAAUUCAUUUGACCAAAUCUUAAAAAGAUGGUUGGCUCAUCCAAUUUGUCUUUCUGAAAAUCAAAAGUUACAAAUGUUUUAAUUGCUUAGAGCCAGUAAAAUGUUCUUUUACUUUCAGUGAUCUUCAAAUGAGCUGCAAAUAUAUCAAUACUGAAUGCAUCUUUUCUGACAAUAUUGUCUGCCUGCUGUACACGCAGUCCCCCCAUCAUCCAAUGGUUAUUGUUUUGCACCUAUGUUUGCAUUGUGUGCUUGUGAAUGUAUGUGUUGUGCGUGUUUGCCCAAAUGACAAGCUGAUGUCAUUCAGUCAUAGAGUGAGCGUAAGAGACAGAGUUACAGUAUGUAUGCACUCAGUUAAGGAACUGCAGGUUUUUACCCUUUUAAAUAAAUCGUUGCCUUUUG